UUGCUUUACAUAAACCAAUUCAUGACUUACUUUUAUUACAUGGUACAGCCAGUAUAGAAUCUGUACACUGGGUAGUAUAUGUUUCUGCCUCGGUCGCUUGUGUACGAAAAAUGGAGUACAGAAUUUCAAGUUCUGUGCUUGUCCUUUUAGUUUUGGUAACGUGCUCAUGCGCGGGAAGGAUCGAAAAACGCUAUGUCGACUACAGUCCACUUCCCCCGCCUCCGCCUGGUCCACCAGGGCCAGAUGGCCCACCAGGAUUUGUCGGACCACCAGGACAGGACGGUCCUAAAGGACCGCAAGGCCCGCAAGGCCCACAAGGCCCACCUGGGCCUCCUGGGCCGCCGGGAACACCAGCAUAUCCAGCCGGACGUCGUAACAUCAUGCCUCAUGCUGCCCCACCUCCUCCUCCACCACCAAUAUACGGACCCCCUGGUCCCCCAGGCAGACCAGGACCUCCAGGACCACCAGGACGGCGAGGUGGACAAGGUGCACCUGGUGGAAGAGGACAUGCCGGACUUCCAGGAAAAUAAAGGACCUAAAUAUUCUGGCAGUAUUUGUAGUAUAUCUAAUGCUCAUGGAAAUUGUCAUCUGGCCGUGUUGAAAUUAUCAUCUGGCCAAGAUUUCCUACCUGGCUUUAUUAAUAUAAGCGGAAAGACUUAAAUAAUAGAGCCUAAUUUUACUUUUUCCUUUCAUAUUUAUCAAAAAUUGUUAUUUAAUAUGGAAUUGUUAUGGUUUAUUCAGCGAUGCACUUUUUAUAUUUUAAAAUAACCUAAUAAUAUAUUAAAACAAAACAAAUUUGGGUUCGUCGAUCUGAUAAUAUCAGUCAUUUGUUAGACAGGUCAAAGUCAUUUGAGUUUUCAUUGGUAUAGUAGUGUCUGGUGUGCCUAUGCAGUGUUAAGGAUUGUUUUAGUUUACCGAAUUAAAGCUUAACUAACUGUGAUUCCAGGA